AGACACCCACUAAUUCGAGUAACUAUAAAUUACCGUACGCCAAAAUUUCACUGCAGUCAGCCCUAGUAUUGGCGGUACAUUCCAACAUCUGAAAAAUCUCUCUAGCUACUCGCCUUGAAUAUUUUGAAUUUGCUUUCUUCUCCACAGAUUAGUAGGGAUUCAAUAUGGAUUUUGAUGAAUAUGAGUAUUUAGAGAACACAGUUGAGAAUCCUGAGCCUCAAAAGGCAAAGAAAGAAAAUGGAAAUGGCAGCGUUGAUACUGUCAAAUCUGAGGAGAGAAAUCGAAGUCGGAGUUCGAAGCAUAAGAGGGACGAGAGAGCUGAUGGUUCUGACGAUUAUCAUCAUCCUUCCAAACACUCGAAGUCGAUAGAGGAGUCAUCACGUGAUCAUGACCAGCGCAAGGAACUAGGCUCAUCUCAGCUGUCACGGUCUAGAGAUGGAGAGAAGGAUAGGCACCGAAGCAGUCGAGAGCACAGGUCCAAGGACAGGGAUAGGGAGGACAGGAAUGGGAGGGAAAGAGAGAAGGAACGUGAUCGAGAUAGGAAAGAGCGUGAUCGUGAAAGUGAGAGGGAUAGAGAAAGGGAAAGGGAGAGAGAGCGGUCAAGGAGAAGCAGGAGCCGAUCGGAAAGAGAACCAGACAAGAGUCGUGACAUGGAGUUCAGAGAAAGAGAAAAGGAGAGAGAACCAAGGGAACGAGACAGAGGAAUCAGGAGGUAUAAAGACAAAAAGGAAGAUGCGGCAGAGCCUGAGGUUGAUCCAGAAAGGGAUCAGAGAACUGUAUUUGCUUAUCAGAUAUCCUUGAAGGCUAGUGAAAGAGACGUUUAUGAAUUCUUCUCUAGGGCUGGCAAGGUACGAGAUGUUCGCCUCAUAAUGGAUCGAAACUCAAGACGUUCUAAAGGGGUUGGGUAUAUUGAGUUCUAUGAUGUUAUGUCUGUCCCUAUGGCAAUAGCACUCUCAGGACAGCCUCUUCUUGGUCAACCAGUGAUGGUGAAACCAUCUGAAGCUGAGAAGAAUCUAGUUCAAUCAACUACAUCUGCAUCAGCUGGACAGACUGGCCCAUAUGCUGCUGGCGGUAGAAAGUUGUAUGUUGGUAACCUACAUUUCAACAUUACAGAAGAUCAACUGCGUCAGGUUUUUGAACCUUUUGGUUCUGUGGAGCUCGUUCAGUUGCCUCUUGAUGAAACUGGUCAUUCUAAAGGUUUUGGUUUUGUCCAGUUUGCCCGUCUGGAAGAUGCAAAGAAUGCAUUGAAUUUGAACGGACAGCUGGAGAUUGGGGGUCGAGUAAUCAAGGUAUCGACUGUUACUGAUCAAGGUGUAUCGCAAGAUUUUGGAACAAAUGCUUCUGCUGCUGAUCUUGAUGAUGAUGAUGGUGGUGGCUUGUCUCUGAAUUCAUCAUCUCGAGCACUUCUUAUGGCAAAGCUGGAUCGCAGUGGCACUGCAUCAAGUAUUGCUGGCUCUGUAGGCAUGCCUGCUAAUAAUAGCACUGGCCUUACUGCUUCAACAGCACCAAUUCUUGGAGUUGCACCUUCAUUGCCAUCCCUUGUUCCUCCUACAAUACCGACCUCUAUUUCUACCAUUCCUGGACUUCCAGGUGGUCUUCAACUCCCUACGAAUGGCAUCCCUGUUAUUGACACAAUCGGAAGUCCAAGCGAAUGCCUAUUGUUAAAGAAUAUGUUUGAUCCAACCCUGGAGACGGAACCAGAAUUUGAUUUGGAUAUCAAAGAGGAUGUUCAGGAAGAAUGUAGCAAGUUUGGAAAAUUGAAGCAUAUACACGUGGACAGGGACAGUGCUGGUUUUGUGUACUUACGAUUUGAAGAUGCACAAGGUGCAAUCAAUGCACAACGGAACCUACAUGGGAGAUGGUUUGCUGGAAAAAUGAUCACCGCAACAUACAUGGUGCCACAAACUUACGAGGCAAAGUUUCCAAGCAGCAACAGAUAGUUGGAUGAUGUUUUGUUCAACCUUAAAAUCAAAAUCUCCUCGCAACUUUAAACAUCUAUAGUUAAAAUUAGAUGGCAUUAUUGCUACUAGUUUUAGAUUUAUUUUGCCAUGUUUGAUACACCACUUAUGUACCCUUUUUUUUUCUUGUAUAACUCGGAAUACAUGCCAUGACAAUGGAAUACCUAUAACUAUAAGGUCUUUGGAUGUUUUAAUUUAAGGUGAUUCUCUCA